CUUUCCACUGCCCAUUCUCGCAAAGUACACGCCUCUUCCUCCUUCAACCUCCUCCCUUCCAGCUGCCACUCCAAACCUCACCUUCGGAUCCGAACCUCAAUUUUGCUCCACAGUUCGUUGAAAAUUUCGCACUAUUUCGAUCGCUUUAUCGCUCUCUCUCUUCGAGCUAAAACAAAAACGCCCAUUUUUUUUUCUCUCUAAAACCUCCUUCGGAUUCAAACCCUAAUAAUUUUUUUUCACAAUUUUGACACUCUUCAAGGAUCGAUUUUUCGAGCAUCAUUUCAAAGGCUUCUCCACGCCACUGUUGAAACACAGCAUUUCUAUCUAGAUACUUAAGUUCGUAGCUUGAAUUGUUUCUGGCGUUGGAAGAUCAUCUUGCAAAUAAGAACGAGCAACUCUUCAGUAGAAGAGCAAAGGAGCAGCGUACAACAGCACUGGCUUUCAAAUUAAUACUAUGGAUGCUGGAGAUGAUAUAUGGAUUUUAAGCAUGCAGGAUAAGGUUGAGUUUUGAAACGUAGCAACUGGGGUGAAUGCUUAAAUGUGCAGAAGAGGUAGUAAUUUUUUCUCACAAAAUUUUAGCUGCUUUUGGCUUGGAUCAUCUCUAUGCCUGGCAACGAAGUUGGAGACAGGAUUCAUAAUUUCCUUGGCCAAGAGAGUUUGUCCCAGGGCCAGCACCAUUCGCAAGUCAUUGACAGUACCUGGCCUGGCUUAAGUAACAAUCUUUGGGUUGGAAGCCAGAGACAAGUUGGUGGACCUCUUGUUUCCAGUUUGAAGAAUUUCAGUGUACAUCAAUUAGCUGAGUCUGAUAGAGGACAUAGUGGUCAGUCUUCAAGCCUGCAGCAUGGCUUGAACUUUACUCAAUCAGGUCUGAGGCCUGAAAUUGCCAAAAGUCAAUCAGAAAACCAAUCACCAAUUGCAAAUGGCUAUUUGCAAGGGCAUCAGGCUUUCUUGGCAAGGGAGAAUGAAACAAACUUUUUGGGAGUGGAUACAGCAUCUAGAGGCUUAUCAGCUCUUGAUUCACAGAUAGGAAACGGCCCUGAUUUUCAUAAGAAAAAUUCAUUGAGGUUGGAAUCUACUGAAUCUCCUGUAAAUUAUGAUUUUUUUGGAGGGCAACAACAAAUUAGUGGACAGCAUUCUGGCAUGAUCCAGCCUUUGCCAAGUUUGCAACCAGGGAUUACUGACAUGCAGCUUUCACAUGCUAUGCUUAAGCAAAUGCAAGAAUUACAGAGGCAACAACUUCCGAAGCCACAGUUUCAGCUACCAGAUGCAAGGCAGUUGAGCUCUGUGAAUCAGGGUUCCUCUGUUGUAAAACAGGGAUCAGGUAGCCUUUCUACUGCUCCAAUUAAUGGCGUUCCUGUCCAUGAUGCUUCAAAUUAUUCCUGGCAGCCUGAGCACAUGACACCAAAUGCAAAUUGGCUGCAGCAUGGUGCCUCUCCAACCAUGCAGGGAUCCUCUGGUGGAUUUUUGUUUUCCCCUGAGCAAGGCCAGGUGCGUUUGAUGGGUUUGGUUCCUCAACAGGUUGAUCAAUCAUUUUAUGGGAUCUCUACCGGUGGUGUGAGAGGAAAUCCAUAUCAAUAUUCUUUUGUCCAAAUGGAUAAGCCUUUAAUGCAGCAGGUGCCAGCCAGCGGUAAUUCUUUUCCAGGUAAUCAGGAUGGUAUGUUUUCAGAUCAAGUUGUUUUGCAAGAUGGAACUUCGGCUUCUAGACAGGGUGAUCAGGGUAAAAAUGUGUUUGGGGAUGCAGCAGGUCAAGGCUUAAAUAGUGGCUUCCAUUCAGAAAACUUGCAUCAAACGACCAUCCAGCCAAAAAAUGCAGUGAUACAGGAGUCUUGUGGGAGGCAAGGACAUCCUGGUCCAUCAGAAGAAUCCCUGGAGAAGUCAGUGAUUCAGGUUGCCCCCUCUCAGAGUGUGGCUACGCUAGAUCCAACUGAAGAAAAGAUUUUGUUUGGUUCAGAUGACAGUGUGUGGGAUAUCUUUGGAAGAAGCACCAACAUGGGCUCAGCGUUGGAUGGUACAGACUCUUUUGGGACAUUUCCUUCUUUGCAAAGUGGAAGUUGGAGUGCUCUUAUGCAGUCUGCUGUAGCCGAAACAUCUAGUAAUGAUUUAGGGGUACAGGAAAAGUGGAGUGGUUUGCAUGUGCAGAACAGUGAACCUCCAAGUGGGAACAAGCCACCACCAAUUGUCAAUGAUGGCAGCAAACAGCAAUUGGCUUGGCCUGAUAACAACUUGCAGACUGCCUCGAGACUGAACUCUAAACCUUUUCCCAUGUCUACUGAUGCCAAUAUUAAUCUUGACUUUUGUAGUGUUCCUGGGGUUUUGCAAUCUGGUGUCCAGAUUGCAAAUGAACAGACUGGGAGAAUGCAUAUUGAUUCAUCUCAGAGAUUUGUUCAACAGUUAACAGAAGAAAGGUUAGAUUGCACUCCUCUACAAAAGCCUGUAGUGGAAAGUGCUCAACUCUUUGGGAAUGUUGCUGUGUCUCCCAACCUGCAAGUAAGUGCAAAUAGCAGUUCAGGUCACCAACAAGGCAAAGCCGUAUAUAAUCCUCACUGUCAGCCACACAAUAAGCCAAACGGUUGGAACUUCAUUGAUUCUACAUCACAUAGUGGUGGCGCUAUAUCAAAAAGUCAGGUUAUUGAAAGUUCAUUGCAACCUUCUCAGAAUCGUGAUCAUAGAGGUGCCAUGUAUGAGGAGAGAGGUCAUGGUUCUGGUCUUGGUCAUCCUGUUCCUGAUGCAAAUAUUGAAUCAGGGAAUGUGAAUUCUGGCUUGGGAUGCCCGCAGGUUAACAGGGAAGGUUCUGACCUGGAUAAUGUUGCUGCAAUAACAGAUUCAAGAACCACAAAGGUCAGCAAGGAAAGCAUCUGGCAACUUACAAAUAGUCAUAAUCUUAAUCUCUGGGAAAGUAUUGAUUCUAACAUAAACUCUGGACGAAGCAGGGAUCUGGCAAAAUAUCAGCAAAAUCAGGUUAGGAGCCCUCAAACUUUUGAUUCAGCUGGAAAUAAUAGCUUGGACAAGGGAGCGUCUGAAGCAAAGAUGUUGGAGAACCCCAAUGUUAAAGAAACUUCAAAUGACAGUUUUCACCCUAACUUAUCGCACCAUACUUCUACUGGUGGCAUGAGAGACAAUGUCUGGCUGGAUGUAAAUGAUCCACGGGGAGGAAAACAGAAGUCAUCCGUUCAUGUUAGUCGUAAACCUUCUGGAACCCGUAAAUUUCAGUAUCAUCCUAUGGGGGAUCUGGAUGUGGAGGUUGAACCUUCUUAUGUAGCUAUAAAUGUAACACAUUCACAGGCAAUAUCCCAACAUGUUUCUCAAGGACUGAAAGUUCAUGACCAAGGAUACUUUGGGCAGUCAAAAUUUACUGGUCAUGCUGCUGGAGAGUCGACAGAAAUUGAGAAGGGUUGCUUUCCUGGCAUUGGAGUAGAUGAGGUACCUUCCAAGAGUUCAAAUCAUGGUUUUGCUCCUGACAGAUCUUUUGUUGGUUUUGUGCCAAACAAGACAGCUUCAAUGAGUCAAAAUAUGCUGGAGCUUCUUCCAAAAGUUGAUCAGCCAAGGGAACAUGUUACUGCAACACACUUAAGCUCUUCUGAGCGCAAUCAAUCAUCUGAAAUGCCAGAUGCAGAAACUUCUGAUGGAUCAGUAGGCCAGUUUCAGCAUAGCAGGCCUUCUGCUUCCCAAGGUUUUGGCUUACAACUAGGUCCCCCAUCCCAAAGGAUUACGAUUCCAGAUCGCGCAAUCUCAUCUCCGAGUUCUCCCCAAGGCAUUAAUUCUCUAAAUUCAGUUCAUGUCUCUUCUGAGGUAGGAAGGAAGGGUCAUUCAUGGUUGGGCCCAACAACUUCUAUUCAGUCCUCAACUUACGGAGCAUACCAUGGAGAUAUUAGGAAAAAUGUUUCAAGUGUCUCUGGUCAAACCAGCAACAAAGCCUCACAAUAUAAUAUCCAGGGCAACUUUUCUGCAGGUUUUACCUCCAAUUAUCCUUAUUUAAAAAGUCAUCUUCAAAGCCAGCAUGUUACUAGUGUGGGUAGUCAAGAAACACCAAAUGAAUCUGUCAACGCACCUUUUGGUGGUUUGGCGUCUCAGUCGAAGCAGACUGAUGACUCUUCUGAGAGAGCUCAAACUAGUCAAUUGGGAAUGAAAUCAGCACCUCACAUACCCAAAACUGCUCCAGAUAAUGAACUUGCUUCUUCAGAGAUUUCUCGGCCAAGUAGUAGCAACCAAAGCCUUGCAAGGGAUCCAGGCCAGCAGUUUCCAGUAUUGGAGGCUGUGCCAGCUUCCCAACCUUCUGCUACAUCUGAAUCUCCACAGCAAGGUGCUUUUACCAAAAUGCCUAAUGUUUGGACCAGUGUCUCUGCCCCACAACAUUUAUUAGGAGCUCAGUCUUCUCAGGCGUCACAAAAUUUGUUUAAGCCCCAUCAUCAAUCAAAUAUUAACUCAGUGACAACUCUUCCUGGAACAAAGAAGCUAAAUGAUCAACUUGCUCGGGCAGGAGGGAGUGGCCAAUCUGAGUUCCCUGCAGUCUCUGCUAAAUUACAGAGCUUUGUUGGAGAAGAUCAACAAGCAAAAGCCCAGCCGGUGUUGCCAGAGAAUGAUGCCAGCCAAAAUCCUGCAUCUAUGCAAAGCGACAUUGAAGCUUUUGACCGUUCUUUAAGGCCAAAUAAUGCUGUAUGUCAGAACUAUUCAUUGUUGCAUCAGCUGCAGGCCAUGAAAAAUAUAGAGAUUGAUCCAAGUGAUAGGAGUGUCAAAAGAUUUAAAGGCCAAACUCCGGACUCUGGUUUGGAUACUCAGCAGGUAAGUUCCCAAGGUGCAGAGCAGUUAUCUUAUGGAUCUGAUACUAUAAUGAGAGAUGCCCCAGUAAAUCCUCUGUUAGUUCCUUCUGGAGAUUCUACGAUGCUAAGCUUUUCAUCAAACGCUGGAGAUAAAUUUGAGACACAGUUAUCUUCUAAUGAUAUGCUGGCAUUUGCUCGGAAUGAUUCCCAGCAUUUCUCCAAUGCUAAUAAUUCAGCUGCUAAUCUCAAGGGUGGACACUCUCAGAUUAGUCCCCAGAUGGCUCCAUCCUGGUUUGAUCGGUAUGGAACAUUUAAAAACGGGCAAAUGUUGCCUUUAUAUGAUGCUCAGAAAAUUGCCAUGAUGAAGGCUGCAGACAAAGCAUUCAUUGUUGGUAGGCCUUCUGACAGUUUGCUUGCUCUUCAUUCAAAUGAGCAGGUUAAUGCUGCUGCUGAUGCUAGUCAGCUGGAUAAUUCCCUGCUAAGCUCAAACCUCUUGCCAAUAGCAAGUGAGCAUAUCGCCCCUCACUUGCUGCCUCCUGAUAUUACAAAUCAGAAUUUGGCUGUUGUGAGAGCAAGGAAGCGUAAAAGUAUGACAUUUGAGCUUCUGCCAUGGCAUAGAGAAGUGACACAAGGUUGUCAAAGGCCUCAGAAUAUCAGUGCCGCAGAAGUGGAAUGGGCGCACGCAGCAAAUCGAUUGAUUGAGAAGGUUGAAGAUGAACCUGAAAUGAUUGAAGAUUGGCCGCCAGUGCUUAGAUCGAAAAGAAGGCUUAUCUUGACAAUGCAGCUUAUGCAGCAACUACUUUGUGCUCCUCCAAGAGUAGUACUUUCUGCAGAUGGUAGCAAAAACUAUGAGACUGUAACCUAUUUUGUUGCCAGAUCAGUGUUAGGAGAUGUAUGCAGCACAGCAUAUGUACCUGAGAGUGAUACCACUGUUUCUCCUAACUGUGGAAGCGCCCUCUCUGAAAAGCUCAAGGAGAGAAAUCAAUCCAUCUUAAAGGCUGCAGAAGAGUUUAUCAUCAGAGCAAAGAAGCUGGAAAAUGAUUUACAUAGUCUUGAGAAGAGAGCCUCGAUCUUGGACUUAAGAGUGGAAUGUCAGGAUCUAGAGAAGUUUUCUGUUAUCAAUCGAUUUGCCAAAUUCCACAGCCGGGGGCAUGCUGACGGGGCUGAGACCUCAUCGUCCUCAGAUGCAAUUGCUAGUUCUCACAAAUUGUUCCCCCAGAGAUAUGUUACUGCACUACCGAUGCCUAGGAAUCUCCCUGAUAGGGAGAAGAAAUGUCUCCUUAAAGCAACAGAGGCUCUUAGAUCUUUUCAUUGUAGGCCAUUCUUGAGAAAUAUAAGUUGGUCUUUGUAUACUUGGUGCCCCGUGAUUUUUCGGUAGAUGGGGGAGAACAGAAGCUCGUUCCGGUUUUUCAACAACAGAUAGCUGAAUAUUCAGGUAAUUAAGUGUAUUUAUUUAAGCCUUUGGAUGCGUUCCAUUCAUAAGUAAAAAGCAUUUUAUUUUACCUUUCUCAUCUUCUCAUCUCUCGAACUGAAAGGUGUUGGAUCACUCUGUGAGAAAUUGCUUUUUUUUUUUUUUUUUUCAU